AUGGCGCUCACCUCCGCCACCACCGCCGCCACGGUCUCCUCUCCCUCCCGAAUCAUCCGCCGCUUCUCUUCUUCUCCAGACUCUCGCCCCCCUUCCUCGCUCCUCCAUCUCGCCCCGCGCCGAGGAGCCGGCGGGAAUUCCCCGCUCGCCUGUAGCUGGCACCGGCUCGCGGUGCGCCGGAUGGGCAGGGCGCGAGCGCUCCUCGGCGGAUUCUCGGACGCCGGCGCCAGUGAGAGCGACGACGACGAGGAGGAGCACGCCCUGCGAGGGGGGCAGCGGGAGGGCGAGGUGGACGACGCCGUGGAGCUCUCCGCGGCGGCCGUCGGGCCAGAGAGAUGGGACGUGCUGGGCCUCGGCCAGGCGAUGGUUGACUUCUCAGGGAUGGUGGAUGACGAGUUCCUUGAGAGAUUGAGCAUAGAGAAGGGCACGAGAAAGGUCAUAAACCAUGAGGAGAGGGGACGGGUCUUGCGUGCCAUGGAUGGGUGCAGCUACAAGGCUGCAGCUGGAGGCUCCCUGUCCAACUCGCUUGUGGCGCUGGCAAGGCUUGGUAGUAGCCAGUCUGCUGGCUACCCUGAGCUUAAAAUUGCGAUGGCCGGCAGUGUGGGCAGUGACCCACUAGGUAGUUUCUACAGGGCAAAGUUGCACCGUGCUAAUGUGCACUUCUUGUCUAAGCCGGUCAAAGAUGGAACAACUGGAACCGUUAUUGUUCUGACAACGCAGGACGCACAGCGAACUAUGCUUGCGUAUCAGGGUACUUCGUCAACUCUGAGUUACGAUUCAGACUUGGCCAGUUUAGUGUCUAAAUCAAAUGUACUAAUUGUAGAAGGUUAUCUAUUUGAGCUGCCUCACACAAUUGAAGCUAUCAAGCAAGCGUGUGAAGAUGCUCACAAGAAUGGUGCACUCAUUGCUGUUACUGCAUCAGAUGUAUCUUGCAUCAAGCGUUGCUACAAUGACUUUCGGGAUAUUGUAGGAAACUAUGCAGAUAUACUGUUUGCCAACGCCAAUGAAGCAAGGGCCAUCUGCGAGCUACCCUCAACAGACAGCCCCAUGUCAGCCACAAGAUACUUAAGCCACUCGGUUCCCCUAGUAUCUGUGACUGACGGCAUGCAUGGCUCCUACAUUGGGGUGAAAGGUGAAGCAAUAUACAUCCCUCCACCAUCCUGCAUACCAGUGGACACUUGUGGCGCUGGCGACGCAUACGCUUCUGGGAUUCUGUAUGGCAUCCUCCGGGGUGCUUCCGACCUGAAAGGCAUAGGACUACUGGCCUCGCGGGUAGCUGCUGUCGUCGUCGGGCAGCAAGGCACACGCCUGCGGGUUCAGGACGCCAACGGACUGGCUGAAUCGUUUGCGCAUCACCUGGAUAGCCUGGAGUUCUGCUCAGAUGUUUGA